GAAUUGAUACAUAGCUUUAUUGGAUUUCGCAUCGAUCAAAGAUAUAUGAUAGUGUCUAUUAUAAGCCAGCAAGUUUGAUUUAAGAGUCAUAUGUUUGCUGUAAUUGACUCUCCCACUUCUCUUCUUUGAUUCUGCUGUUCUUCAAGAAUGAUGAAUUGCCAUACGAAAUUGCAUAACCUGGAAAAAAUUAAAAAUUACGAAAACAUUCAUGUUUUUUGUCAAAACAGUGUUUCAUUACCGCAAUAAGAAAAACAAAAGAAAAAUGAUAUUAUAAAGAAAAGAAUAGAAUAUUAUAUCUGGCUUAUAUAAAUCCCAUUGUGUAUCUAACAAAUUAUAGACUGAUAAUUUCGAUAAAAAAAAUAAAUUAGAUAUUUAUGAAAUAGAUUUGCCGGAUAGUUAAUCAUUAUAAAUGACUGUCGCAAGAUAGUCGUAUCGCAACCGUCGUCUGAAUCAUAUGUUGUGUGUCAACAUUAAUACCGUUGUUUUAUCGCGUUAUUACUCCAGCAUAUUUACAUAAUUGUUUUUUCAAUUGUUCGACACACGCAGUCGUGAACGUUGAAGACAGCUGCGCAGACAACGGAUACAGAAACUCAGUUAAGUCUGCUUCAUUUAUAUACAUCGUCUUUUUAUAGUUGAGGUUAUGUUUCCUAUGAGACGAAAGAAAAAGAAAAAUAUCCUGAAAUGGUACUAAAUAAUUGUUAAGAUUUCUUCGGUAGUGAAGAGUAAGUGCGAAAACAUUUACGUGGAACCAAAAACAGUGACAACAAAUACUUUGUCGCAAGUACAGAUCAGUAUUACACAUUUUUAAGACUAAUAAUCAUCAUCAGGAUUAUUGACAUAUCGAAUAAAUCACGAUAUUAUAAAUGACACGUUAUGCCAAUUUAAUUACUGCAUAAAAUAUGUCCAAAAAUUAUUUGUUUUUACUUGGCUUUACUACUUACUCUGUUGUGUAUCUUUUGAGAUAAAAAACGAUAAGUUUUUGUAGAAAAAAAGGCUUAAAAACGGCAAGAAACGGCGAAAGAGUGCAGGAGGAUAGUCAUCCAACCAAUUUGCAUCCAUUAUUAAUGACUAAUAGACAACAAAACAUGUUGAGCCAAAAAUUAAGUAACAGAAGGCUAACAGUUGACCUCCUUGCGCUCAUGUUUGGUCUUGGAGCAUGGAUUGGAGUCAAUGGUAUAUAUGUUCAAUUACCUCUUCUGGUGAACAAAGCUCCAGAAGGAUGGAGUCUUCCAGCACAUAUGGUUAUGCUAGUACAAUUUGCUAACUUGGGACCAAUACUUUAUACAUUAUAUAUAAAGUAUAGUAAAUGGGCAUGUGAGAAAUAUAUUAUAUACAUACUGUUAGCAGCAGGUGCAAUGUCCACAAUUAUAUUAGCUUUUGUAUAUGAUAAAACAUCAGUAAUAUUUGGCAAUGAGCAUUCCACUGCUCUGUUGUCCUUAAUGUUUGUAACUGCCACUGUCGGAUGUACGAGUUCAGUUCUUUUCAUGCCUUACAUGAGGAACUAUAGAGAGAUUUAUUUGGUGACCUAUCUUGUAGGAGAAGGGCUCAGUGGGUUUGUGCCUAGUCUGGUGGCAUUAAUCCAAGGUGUGGGUGGAAAUCCAGAGUGCAGAAAUGCCACUACAUCCAAGUCAACUAAAGUAGAGCUUGUACCUUAUUAUCCAGAACCCAGGUUCUCAUCUGAAACAUUUUUUAUUUUCAUUGGUGUGUUAUUUUCAUUGUGUUAUCUGGCCUUUUUGGGAUUGAAUACUCUGUCUGUUGCUGUUGGAGAACGCGUUAAACAUGCAGGAAGUAUGGAAACAUUACCAACAGAUACAAGAGCACCUCCUAGUUAUAAGACCAAUUCUGGUUGGACAAUGUCUAAACAGGUGUAUUCUUAUUUAUUAGUUAUGAUGGCAAUUGUUUGCUUCCUAGGCAAUGGUACAUUACCAAGUAUUCAGUCCUAUUCUUGUUUACCAUAUGGGAAUAUUGCAUAUCAUUUGACUGUAACAUUGUCAUCAAUGGCUGGUCCAUUGGCAAUGUGUUUAGGUUUUGUUAUUAAAAUACCAAAAGUGAAUUUUCUCACUAGUCUUAUGAUAAUUGCUUUAGUACUAUCUGGGUUUGUCUUUUUCUUAGCUGUUAAAUCACCUGCACCACCUUUACAACAUAGCUGGGUAGGUGAAUUUCUAGUAGUUUUAUCUUGGAUAUUGAUCAAUGGUUUAAUAGGUUUCAUAAAAUUGGGUAUCACCACGUUGUUCAGACCUGAUCCUGGUAGAGGUUUGUAUUACACUGGUGUUGCAACCCAAAUUGGAUCUCUAAUUGGAGCAGUAGUUACGUUCGUUCUAGUGAACCAUACAAAAUUGUUCCAGUCUUAUUCCCCCUGUUCAUUAAUUCCAGCACAAUAACAGUUGUU